UGCGGUCACGACAAGGAGGGAAUUGGCAGAUGCGGCUGAAGCCUGAAGAGGAGAGGAAGAAGAAGAAGAAGAAGAAGAGUCGUGGAGGACCUUCAGUGUCGGAGGUGCUGAGAACAAAUUUCCACACUUCACUUUAUUAGCUGCCACCUCUCCGCAAAGUCAGAAAGAGGAUUCCUGGGCUGAAGGAGGAGGAGAAGGAGGAGGAAGGUGGGAUAACAAGGCUUCCAUAUUUCCUCACCUGAAGUGUCCCUUACCUAGCCACCGAGACUGAGGGGAAACACCUGACCGACCCGAGGAGCUCUGCCUGCGGCGAAACACGGCUCUCAUUCAGGGCGAACUGGGUGAAGGAGGACAUUAGCGCCGGGAAGUGCAAACUGCGGCUGCUGAGCCAUGGAGGUGUACACUUCUACUUCGAGGAAACUUACUUUGCUGUCAUUCACUUUCCUGCUGGGGCUGUCAGUCGUAUGGGCCGAGAUCCAGAUGCCCCAAACCAGCAUGAGCGUGAUCAAGGGCCGCAUGGUGGUGCUGAGGGCCUGGUACACCCCGCAGCCAGGGACCGACAAGAACACCAACACCGUGCUCUGGAACUUUGUCUCCAACAACACCAAACUGAUCAUCUCCUACACCAAGGACUCCAUCAGCGUGGCCAGCCCGCAGUUUAAGGGGCGCGUCGGCUUCAUGUCCGCCAUGCCCUCGACCAACGUGUCGCUGUACAUCAACAACACCCAGGAGUCGGACUCCGGACGCUACUUCUGCCAGGUCAUCAUCCCCGACAACCCAGGCCUCACCGCCGAGCUCAGCCUCGACGUCAAGGUCCCCCCUGCUGUCCCGAAGUGCUCUAUGUCAGGGAAGCCGGUGCUGAAGGGCAACGUGACUCUGAGCUGUAAGUCCAGCGCUGGGAAGCCCAUUCCCAUGUACAGGUGGACCAAAUCCAGCCCGACCCACGAGGUCUUCUUCCCACCCAUGCUCAAUGAAAAGACGGGCACCCUGAAGCUGAACAACCUGAGCAGCAACAUGUCGGGGAAGUACGUGUGUGCAGCCACCAACUCAGCCGGCUCAGAGACCUGCUACAUCAACCUGGAGAUCAUCACCUCCACUAAUGUGGGGAUGAUAGUCGGUGCCGUAGUGGGUUCAGUGAUCGGCUUCAUCUUCCUUCUUCUUAUCUUGUUCGUCUUCCUGAUGAAGAGGCGACGAGACAGCGAAGAUGACAUGGCCAACGACAUCAAGGAGGACGCCCAGGCUCCCAAGCGCGUGUCAUGGGCCAAGAGCGGCAUGGGCUCGGACAUCAUCUCCAAGAACGGCACGCUGUCCUCCAUCACCUCCAGCCCGCACCACAAGGAGCCGUCACAUCACAACAACCACCACCACCUGCAGCAGUACCCCCAGCGCCCGCCCUCGGACACCGCCUCCAUCAUCACCGCCACGGGCAGCACGGCCGGCUACAGACCGUCCCGCCAGCAGGGAGCUUCCACCCCGACCCACUACGGCUACAACAGCAGCGCCACCCUGCCCCGCGGUCAACCGUCGUCCGAGGGCAGCACCAACGGGAGCACCUUGCCCAGACCGGAGCGCUACACCCAGCUGCCCCAGGCCCAGCCGCUGCCACAGACCUACAGCCAACCUCACCAACAGCCCCAGGCCGCUCCCCGCCCGCCUCCACUGCCCACCUCCGUGGUCACGGCCUCCAACAUCACUCGGAUGGGAGGGGUGCCGAUCAUGGUGCCUGCGCAGAACCAGGCUGGAUCGCUGGUCUAACGCCAGCAACGAGUGGCGAAACAUUGUUGUCAAAAAACUCACUUUGGUAUGGUGGCACACUGUACCUUUAACCUUAAGGGAAGGGUCAGCCGCCGACUUUUUCUUCCUUUCAAAGGGAACGCUUUAACUACCGUUUAGCUAAAAUAGAUGGACUCUUGCUUUGGCACCAGGAAGCUUUUUGAUAUCGUCAAAAUGCGGUGACACCUGGCAGAACGCUCCAGCACAGACUGUGUUGACUUGCUUUAGGUAUACUCAAGCCUCUUUUAUACUAUAUAUGCACUGUAGAAAAAGUAUGUAUAGAUAUGGCUUUUAUACAUUUGUGCAGUAUCUUGUUUUCUAUUGUAUCAAUGCAUUUCUAAUGUUUUUUUUUUUUCAAAUUAUCUUUUAAAUGUCUCAUUUUCCUCAAAACCUGUUGUUGUGCUCCUAUCAUGCAAAUGUCACAACAGCAAGGACGAAACAAAUGGAUCGAUAUUGGUUUUGUUUGUACAUGGGACUCACAGAUAUAUCACCUUAUGACAUAAGAAACAACCAAGUGUGUGACUCUUACAGGCGAAAAGAGGUAUAAACACUUGCAUUUUAAAGAAUGUUACUCAAAAUGAUGUGAGGAAGAGAUGAGUGAGAGAGACUUGUGUGAGAGUGCGUGUUAAUGACCACAGGCUCGCAGCAGAUGAAUGAACAGAAAGACGAGACAACAUCACACAUUCGGAGACACUAGUAUCAUAAUCUCUUUUUGGCUUGAUUUCCGCCAAGGAUUCAGCUUAUGAAGACUUAGACUCAAUGCUUUAAACAUUUUUUUUUUUUAAACAAAGCUUAGGAAAAGCUUCUUACAAUACAGAGCACCAUUCACAUCUGCAGUAUCAGAGACUUUGCCGAGCAUAUAUUAGUCCACUCCUGAGUUGUAAUAAUUUAAAGUUGCUCGCUGCACUGAAGUUGUAAAUACAAUAUUUAUUUUAUGUGUGACACAUGUGCAUAUGAAUAGGCACGGCCUGUACAUGCUAUACGAUACAGGUGAUAAUGUAGCCUACAACACUGGAUACCAAACCAAAGAUAUAUCGCUUUAUUAUGUUGAAAUGCUCUCUUUACGUACACUGUAGGCUGUUCUCCUGUGCAGCUCGCCGGGGAAAGGAACACUUUUACUCAACAUCGCGUUUUGAUUUGCUCCCAUAAGCUACAUGCCUUUAUGCUUUUGCAGAGAAAUCGUUUCUUUCCCUGUUGAUUUCCAGCCGCAUUUCUAACAAAUGGUAACAGCGGGCUUGUGGCAGUGUGAAAGUGUCUGAGACGGGGGUCGGCAACCUUUUUGAUACAAAGUGCCAGUUUUACAUUUUCUUGUUAAUUCCUGUGCCAUGUUGACAUUAGCAUCAAGUUAAUCAAGUAAUUUUAUUCCAUCCAUAUAGGCUACAUGCACAGCAACAGUAGACUUUGACGGUUCACCAGUCAGCGGUGUGAUCGGAGGGGUGACAAUCAAAAAAAAAGAUUUCGCAGGUGUUGGGUUUCCUCCCGUACCUGGACGCUCCACGUUGUUUUCUUGUGUCUUGUCUCAAAAUGACAUCUCACACUCAGACAACAUUUUCAAAACAUAAAAUACUCACCUCACUCCUCCGUCUAAGCUUUACUUUAGCUUUGCUGACACAAUCUGGCACAGCCUCUGAGCAGGAGGCUGUGCCAAUGACCGCACUAAAUAACAGACCGUGCAACAGCCAAUGGCAUGAGAAGGCACUUCAACAUUUCCUAAAAAAAAAAUGGCCUCUCUUGCACACUCUGAUUGUUAGUGGACCGCUGGUUUACACGCCGAAGGUUGCUGACCCUUUGUCCACGACCUCUGAACCUUCCCUUCCACAGACGGGACAUCAAAGAUCCACAGUUCCUCAUUAAAGUGGAAGAAGCGAAUUUAUCUUGCAAAUUUAAACAUACAUAAAUCCUAUUGUGCUUUGUUAAAAAUCCACAACAUAAGAUUAAAAAUGUGCUGACUUUAGGCUACUGAACAAAAUAAGCACUGAAUUUUGGAUGAAUACUUAAAGGUGACAGGCUGACCAUGUGAUCAGUGUUGGGUUAAGAACCGCUUUUUCUUUCAGCAUCUGAGUUUGUAGAAGUCACUUUCAGCAUCCAAUCAUUAUUUUUUUUUCCCAUCUGUGGCCUGUUUACCUUUUGUCUGGCCACUUCCAAGUCACUCACUAUACGCCUGCUGUCACACCAUUCGUCUCUAUCUGAAGGUAAAAGUUAAACGUGGCUAAACAAGGAGUGAAUAUUGCCAUCCAUGAUUCUGCUGUAUUGUCAUUACACUGGAGCAUUAUAUUCAUUGUUGUUGCUUUGUCAUUUUUUUUUUUUUAUGUGCACAAAAGAUCAGGAGAAAAAGGGAAUAAAAACUACCAAAUCCAAAAAUGGAUCAUCUGAGGUGAAAAGUUUCCUCCGGAUGAAAUGAAGAGACUGUUAAAAAGCCUUCUUCGCGUGCCCAGUCUGGAACCAGAGUCUAUAUAUUUUAACUCAAGGAAUGACAGCGAUGAUGUGACAGCUAAACACAAGUGUUAAAUGUAUUUUGAAGCUGUGAUGGAUUUUCUAGAUUUCUGUUGUUUGUAACCCACUGGAGCAAAAUGAGCCCUGCUGAAAUCAUCCGAAAUGAGAAAUAAGAAAUUUUUUCAGUUGUUUUCCAUCAGUAAGUUGAGGGGGACACGAGACUCCAUGUGUACACACUCUCUCAUAAAUACCCUGGGUUAAAAAGUCCUUUAAACUGUACAUUAAAAAUGUAUUCAAGACAAGCCUUUAUUUUUUAUACUCUAAUAUAUAGUGAACAAAAUAUGUGGGCAAAUUUUAUAAAUAGUAAAAAUGACGAUGACGCUCACUGUGUUGGUCAGUGAGUUUGAGGCCGUGGUGGAUUAUAUUGCUCUCGAAACUGGUGGCCAAACUUGUGCUUAUUUAUGUCGGCCUCUGCUACACCAUGGACAGCAGUGUCUUCACUUGUACCUUCCAUAUUUAAGUUCAUGGAAAAGGCUUUGUAUGAUAUUUUCAAUUAAAAGAGACAUUAUCAGAAAA